GAACCUCCUUAUCUGCUCCCAGGGAGCACAUGGGCAGGUCGCAGCAGGCCAGAGUCUCUGCUCCAUCGCCUUGCAAGCUCGCAGCUGAAGCAGAGUGGGGUUGGGAGGCAGAUCCCUAGAGAGGCCAGAGUGAGCCUCCCAUGUCCUGCCACUUAGGGUCAUAUUGCUGAGGGAUGGAAAGGGCUUUAGGGUCCUUCCUACCCUUCCCCCUCCUUCUCCAUGAGGUCUUGAAUCAGCCAAGGCUCUGGAUCUUUCCUAAAUGCCUGCCUCUUCCUCCCGGGGUGUGGGUCCAUUUUUGAGGUCUAUUUUCUGUGUAUUUUGUGGCUCCCGGCUGCUGACUCAGCUCAGCUGAUGCUCUGCUGAGGAAGCAGACACUGACUCAGGAGGCCAUCGAGGCCCUUCCCCAGACCCCCGGGGAAAGGGCAGGCUGAGGGGUUCUUUCCAUCCCAAGACUGUUCCUCAGGAUGAGAAGUGGGGGGAGGCGAGGGCGCAUGUGAUGUGUGAGCCACAGAUGGAAAAGAUGACCUUCUGCCCAGUCGGAUGGACGAGACCCGGCCUGGGAGGAGGAUGUGGAUUCCGGCACCAGCUCCCCCACUGCGGCCACGUUCCGGCUGCGGCUGCGUCUGGGCUCUGCUCUAACUGGGCUGCGGCCGCUGCUGCUCCUGCUGUGUUCCAGGCCUAAGAGGACUAGUUCCGAGGCUUCAUCCUGCUGCUCACCUUCUUCAUUUAUACCUGUUAUCACAUGUCCAGGAAGCCCAUCAGUGUUGUCAAGAGCCGUCUGCACCAGAACUGCUCGGAGCUGAUCAAGCCCACUAACGACAGCCACAGUAUCAAUGACACUACGUGGUGCGACUGGGCUCCAUUUGACAGGAACAACUACAAGGAGUUACUGGGGGCCGUGGACAAUGCCUUCCUUGUGGCCUAUGCCAUCGGCAUGUUCAUCAGUGGGAUUUUUGGGGAGCGGCUCCCCCUCCGCUACUACCUUUCAGCUGGAAUGCUGCUCAGUGGCCUUUUCACCUCGCUCUUUGGCCUAGGAUAUUUCUGGAACAUCCACAUGCUCUGGUACUUUGUGCUUAUCCAGAUCUGUAAUGGACUUGUCCAGACCACGGGCUGGCCCUCGGUGGUGACCUGCGUUGGCAACUGGUUCGGGAAGGGGAAGCGGGGGCUCAUCAUGGGCAUCUGGAACUCCCACACAUCCGUAGGCAACAUCCUGGGUUCCCUGAUCGCUGGCGUCUGGGUGAAUGAGCAGUGGGGCCUGUCGUUUGUGGUGCCCGGCAUCAUCACCGCUGCCAUGGGCAUCCUCACCUUCCUCUUUCUCAUCGAAUACCCAGAAGACGUGGACUGCACGCCCCCUCAGCACCACACAAGUGGUGGGCUGGAAGAGAAUCAGGACCCCGAGGACCUUGGGAACAGUCCCAAGGAGAGCAGCCUGGAGAGCGCCGCCAGGGGCUCCAAGGAGCCAAGCGCCCAGCCUGCUGCCAUCAGCUUCCUUGGGGCGCUCCGGAUCCCGGGUGUGGUCGAGUUCUCCUUGUGUCUGCUCUUCGCCAAGCUGGUCAGUUAUACCUUCCUCUACUGGCUGCCCCUCUACAUCUUCAAUGUGGCUCACUUUAGUGCCAAAGAGGCUGGGGACCUGUCCACCCUCUUCGAUGUUGGUGGCAUCAUAGGCGGCAUCAUGGCGGGACUCAUCUCCGACUACACCAAUGGCAGGGCCACCACCUGCUGCGUCAUGCUAAUCUUGGCUGCCCCCAUGAUGUUCCUGUAUAACUCCGUGGGCCAGAAGGGGAUAACCAACUCCGUAGUAAUGCUGAUCAUCUGUGGGGCCCUGGUCAAUGGCCCUUACGCGCUCAUCACCACCGCCGUCUCUGCUGACCUGGGAACUCACCAGAGCCUGAAGGGCAAUGCAAAGGCACUCUCCACUGUCACGGCCAUCAUCGACGGCACUGGGUCCAUAGGUGCGGCUCUGGGGCCUCUGCUGGCUGGGCUGAUCUCCCCCACAGGCUGGAACAAUGUCUUCUACAUGCUCAUCUCUGCCGACAUUCUGGCCUGCCUGCUCCUCUGCCGGUUGGUGUACAAAGAGAUCCUAGCCUGGAAGUCAUUCCUGAACAGAGACAGAGGCUCUAGUCUGGCCCUAACCCACCCGCGGUAGUAUUUUCCUCAAGUCCCAUGACUUUUGUAUAAAGAAAUAUGAAGUCCUGAUUGAAGGAGAAGCCUGGAGGACCUCAGUCAAUUCCCCAAGUGCUUCCCCGACCCCACCGCCUCACAGGGGAGCGGGGGCAAGACCACGGAAACCACCCCCAAGGACUGUGGCAGCCUCUUGACCUGACACCAGCCAGCCCGGGGUGGGGGGGACUGCCAACACGAGGACUGCAGGGCUCGUGGCCCAGGACUCUGGAAGCUGUGGGCAGAAGGGAUGGGGAGCAGAGCUUGAGUGGUGUCUCCAGCUUGGUAAGGGGAGGGUAGGCUCAGAUCUUGCUUGUUCAGAUUCCAAGAGGGAAGGCAGAGGCCUGACCUGGCCGAGGCCUGGCAAGGGCGUGUCUCUCCUUCCCGUGUUAAAUCUGAACCUCAGCAAUCGGCCUGUGUGUAGGGGCGGAUUUCUGACCCUAUUUCAGAGCUGCCCAGCCUCGCUCCCUUCCUUUGUCCACGUGCCGGUUUUCUCAUGUAUUUCCCCACGUUGGAACCCCUUCUCCCCUGCACUGGGUCCUGUUCUUGACUCCUGACCCGAGUCGAUUAAAGUGUUGUUGCUGUA